AUGGAGGCCUUCGACUGCCAAUCAGCCAACCUGGACAGGUCCAGCGGGCCCUUGUUCUCUGGAAGGCGGGCGCCAGCAGAAAUAAAGCAUGAAGAAGUUGUGAUGUGCUACCUGAAAACCUCACAGUUGGCACUGGCUUUAGCUAUCAUCCGCUCCAAGCCGCCAGAUAAAAGCAGCAAAGAGUAUGCAGAGCACCUGGCCAAGAUAGUAUCUGGACAAGAUUUUAAGUGGAAGUCAAGAAUUGCAAUGUUAGAAGCUGAGGUUCUUCAUUUAAGGCAGCAGCUCCUACUGAGGAAGACGUCUUCUGGCUUAAGAGCAAAACAUGGGCCUUCAGAUGAGACUCUGCCACUACCUAAUACAGAAGAAUUCUCAGAUCACCUUGAAGAUUCUGGAUGUGAUGUUUCAAAUCACUGCACGGUUGAUACUCUAGAAACAUUACCUAGUUCCAGCCACAGAAGCCAUGGUUGCAACAGUUGUGCAUCGGAGCCUUCAUCGAGUAUAAUUCCAAUAUGGACUUCUUGUAGGGCCAAGAAGCAAAAGUCUUUGAUCUCACACAUGCAGUUCCUACAAAAUUUCUUUGAACUAAGAAAGCUGACGGAAGCUGGAGGCCUGAGAACAGACUUGAAAAUACUUGGAAAAGAUUGUUCCAUAAUAUCCCAUUCUUUCUCACAGUUGCUUGAUGGUCUGAUUACUUCGUACAGCCUGCCCGAACUCCCCUUUUUAGAUGUUACGACUCAAGCAGUUUCUCUUAUAACCAAGUUAUUAAGUGAUGUGGAUAUAUCUAGUCUGAUUCUGGGGAAGUGCUUGAAGAAGCUGGAAGACUGUAUGAAAAGGCUUCUUGCCAUUGUUUUGAACAGCAGCAGUCUCAACAGAUUUCAGAUGCAGGAAUCUAUAUCCCAUGCCCUUGUUUUGCUUGGCCGAUGCAGCACUUUGAGGAACUCUACAAUAUCCCUGCUUUUCAGAGAAGUCUGUCGAUUUGCUGAUGAGUUGCAGCAUGCCAAUAAGAUUCAAGCAAAGUACAGUAUACAAUACGAAAAUGUUUUCUUUCUGUGUAGAAUAUUAGAACAACUCCUUGAAAGUCAGACAGAGCAGGAAAACCUUUGUGGUUCCGGAUGUGAUGAGGAAGAGAAGAAGAAAUUUCUGCAAAACCUCAAUCAGGCUAUUUUUCAUCUUUCUGAUCAAUUCCCCUUGUUCUGUAUUUAUUUGUGGCGACUGGGCACUCUUCUGAAUGCAACACAAAUAGAAACUGAUGAAAGAAACAGGCCUGCUUUGUAGCCUCGGGAGACAUUAGCAAGCCAAAGAAGAGGCCAGAAUGAUUAAGGCGUGUUCACCACUGAAGCAAUGUAUAUCAUCAGUAAGGAUUAAAUCCAUCAAACCAUGGGGCUGCAGCUUUCUUUUUCAUGUUAGAAUUGCUUAGGUAGAUGUU